UGGACGUGUCGGUCAAUUUAGCAUUUUUGUAUUGGGACAGGGAACGUGUUAAAAUAGUUUUUGAAUAGUUUUUAUUGAUUCGGAGCGCGUUUAGUUUGCUAUCGAUUCCAUACAAUAACAUUUUUUGUCAUUUACUUUUUACGACAACUAAUAGCUUAUUUUCGAAGUGAUUUCAGCAAAUAGGUACAUCAUUAAUCCUUAACCAAUUAAAUACCUUAAAUACAUUGUUGUUUUAAUAUAGAUCUAUGUAUAUGACUCUUUACAGCAUAUAAUUGAAAAAAAUAUUUUUCAAGAUAUUACAUCAGUAAUUAUCUUUUGUUUCUAAAUGGUAAGUAUUUACAUAUUUUUAACUGCGGCACAUACUAAUAAUAUGACAAUUUGUGGAUAGGUAAUCAUACAUAUAGAACUGAGUAAAUUUUCACAAAAAUUAUAAAGUCAUGGCUGGAAGACGUCGUCGUUCGAACAUAGGUCGUAGUACAGUGGAUGCCAGAAGACUACGUUCAGCAAGAGAUGAAAAAUCGUCAACGGAACGUGAGGCUCGCCGCAGUCAGAUGCGGGAUAGAUAUAGAGCUGAGAGAGAGAGGGAAUCUUCAGUAGAGCGUCAGGUUCGUUGCAGCCGGGAUCGAGAUAGGCAUACGGUUCAGAGAGACAGAGAAUCGUCAGCAGAGCGUGAGGCUCGACUCAGUCAGCUUCGGGAUAGAUAUAGAGCUCAGAGAGAGGGAGAAUCUUCAAGAGAGCGUGAGCUUCGCCGCACCCGAGAUAAGGACAGACAUCGAAUAAAGAGAGCCAGAGAAUCAUCAGCACGAGUUACUAAUUCAUGGGUGAGUAAAGAAAAUUCGGCCAUGAAUUAUGAUCCUUCGAUUUCUUACAAGGACGACCGAAUAGUAUCAAUAGGUACUAUGUCAGUAGUGUGUGAACAUUGCUUCGCAUUGAAAUUCAAGGACGAAUCGAAAGGUAUGUGUUGUUUACAAGGAAAAGUCAAAUUAGAAGAAAUUCUCCCUCCACCUGAACCACUUCGCUCUCUUCUUACGGGUGAUCAUCAGAAAUCUAAUCAUUUCAUGCGCUAUAUACGCCAUUACAAUAACGCAUUUCAAAUGACCUCUUUUAAGAGUAAGCAAGUCGUUGAGCGUGGCUUCAUGCCUACAUUUAAAAUUCAAGGGCAAGUAUACCACUUAGCUGGGAGCUUGCUACCACUUCGACCCGAUGAUCACAAAUUCCUGCAAAUAUAUUUUAUUGCAGAUCCAGAUACACAAGCAUCUACGAGGUGUUCAAGUGUUGCACGGCCAAUUGAUAGAGAUUUGAUUAGAUCUCUCCAAGAUAUGUUACAUUCUCAUAAUUGCUACAUACAGUCUUUCAAAACUGCGAUUGAGAGUGUUCCAGCAGAUACUCCUGACUUUAAUGUCGUAAUCCAUGCAAAUAAAGUUCCUGUUGGAGAACACAGAGGACGAUACAAUGCGCCUUCCACGAGUGAAGUAGCAGUGGUGAUAGCCGGACAGCAAUUUGACAAAAGAGAUAUUGUAUUGCAUAGUCGUGAUGAUAAUUUGCAAAAAAUUUCAGAGUUACACAGAUCUUAUGACAGCUUACAAUAUCCUUUGAUGCUAUGUCGUGGAGAAAAUGGUUAUGCUAUUAAUAUUUCUCAAGUUGACCCAAUCGGUGGUACACCUCUGCGUAAAACAGUGUCAUGUAUGAACUACUAUUGCUACCGUAUAAUGACAAGACGUAAUGAUUUCAACACUUUGCUUAGAUAUGGAAUGUUAACAAACCAAUACUUGGUAGAUCAAUAUGCUAAAAUUGAAUCUGAGAGAUUGGCCUACAUCCGUAAUAAUUAA